AUGAAUCACCCUACUGUCCUUGCUGCCAUACUAGCCUUGAUAUAUGUUGUCUACAAAUGCGUGGACAGCAUUUCAGACCGACGAAAGGCAAAGGCACUGGGCUGUCAGCCUGUGCCCGUGCUGAAGAACCGGCUGCCGCUUGGUCUUGACCAUGCUUACCGCGCCUUCCAGGCAAUCAAGGCUGGUCAGAUGCCCGACCACCAAGUCCAGGUAUACAAGGAAGUAGGACGUCGGACAUUCGCCGGCAGCAGCCUUGGUGCCUCGUACAUCCACACCGUCGAGCCCAAGAACAUCCAGGCCAUACUCGCCACGCAGUUCCACGACUUCGAGCUCGGGGAUCUACGGCGCAAGGUGUUCUUCCCCCUUCUGGGCAAUGGCAUCUUCACGAGUGACGGCAAAGCCUGGGAGCACUCUCGGGCCAUGCUCCGGCCGCAGUUCACACGAGGCCAAGUCGCGGAUCUGGAACUGGAAGAGCGACACGUACAGGAGCUGUUCCGGCUCAUGCCCACCGACCAGAGCGGCUGGACGCAGCAGAUCAACCUGACCCCGAUGUUCUUCCGCCUGACCAUCGAUUCGGCGACCGAGUUCCUAUUCGGCGUGACAGUGCACUCGCAACGCCACACCUCCUCCCAGCAGCCGGCCACCGACACCGACGCAUUCCCCUGGAAGGACCUCGCAAGACACUUCGACGAAAGCACCAAGCACCUGGGCGUGCGCUCCCUCUUCCAGGAGCUCUACUUCCUCUACAACCCAUCCAGCUUCCGCAACAACAUCAAGGAGAUCCACCGCUUCGCCGACUUCUGCAUCCAGCAGGGGCUGCAGCGACUCGACCAGCAGAAAAGCUCCGCCGCGCAGCGCUACAUCUUCCUCGACGAGCUGCUGAAGGUCACCCGCGACCCGGUCGAGGUGAAAAGCCAGCUGCUCAACAUCCUGAUCGCGGGCCGCGACACGACCGCCGGCCUGCUGAGCUGGACCUUCUGGCUGCUGGCGCAGCACCCAGCCGUGUACAGCAAGCUGCGGGCGCGCGUGCUCGAGGACUUCGGCCCGGACGCCGGCCGCCCGGACCGCAUCACCUUCGCCGCGCUCAAGGCCUGCACGUACCUGCAGCACGUCAUGAGCGAGGUGCUCCGGCUGUUCCCGGCGGUGCCGCUCAACGCGCGCCGCGCCGCGCGCGACACCACCCUCCCGCUGGGCGGCGGGCCCGACGGCAAGGCGCCCGUCUUCGUGAAGAAGGGCCACGAGGUCGGAUACUCGGUGUACGUCACGCACCGUCUGGAGGAGUACUGGGGCCCCGACGCCGCCCGGUUCAACCCCGACCGCUGGGUCGAUCGCAAGCACGGCUGGGACUAUUUGCCGUUCAAUGGCGGGCCGCGCAUCUGUCUCGGCCAGCAGUUUGCGCUCACCGAGGCCGGGUAUGUGAUUGUGCGCUUGCUCCAGCGGUUUGAUCAGGUGGAACUGGCGGAGCCGGCGACCGCGCCGUCGCAUAAUUAUGGGAUUACGGAUGCGCCGCAUGAUUAUAUGAUUUAUCUCCAUGAGGCGGGUUCGAAGGGGGGAUAG